UCCCGCAGCCCUCCUUCUGUGGCGUCCGCAGGGGACGGGGGAUCGUGGGCUGCACCUGAGCCGCCACGGGGCCCGCACACACUUCCGCGCGGAGCUGCUUCCACCAGGCCUCGCUGCGGCGCGGGCCCCUUCCCCUCGUUUCUCCUCCCGGGUCUCCUCUUUCGGGCCGGGGACGAGAAAGGGGACCCGUGCCAGGGCCACCCCAGCUGUGUCUUCAGCCUCCUUCCCAGCCUUGGAAGCGUCAUUGCCUGCGCCUACACCCCAGUGUCCUGCCUGGUCGUCACCACCUGCCCCCUCGGCGCCCGUCGAAGGUGGAAGCAAGGUGUGCCCACCUGUGCCCGCCGUCCACGGUCAGACGGUUGGACGGGCUGCAGUCGCGGAAGGAAGGCAGCGAGGUCUCGGGCUUACAUCCUCUCCGGCUCCUCCAUUCGAUUUCCCGCCUCCCUCCGUAAGAAGACUGUUAGGAUGCCAAUGGUAGCACGAAGAAUGAGAGAUCCUGAUACAAAUCCUUGCUUGUUGAUCCUAUCCCACCUCUUAAAUGAUGCCUAUCUUACAUAUUUAAGGAAUCUGAUGCUUCUACCAGAUGUAUGGAUGAAAAUAACUAUGACAGGGAAAUGUGUUCCAAUUACUUCUUGAAGUACAAAAACUGCCGAAAGUUCUGGAAUGCUAUCAUGAUGCAGAGAAGACAGAAUGGAGUGAAGCCACCUAUGCCAACAGCAGCAGAAAGAAAUGAGAUCUUGGCAGCAAUGGGAAAGAUGCCCUAUUGAAUGUUUGCAUUAAAGUGAUUUAACU